GUCACCCAUAUGUCAUUUGACAUUUUGUUUUGACAAGUUUAUGUAUGGUUUAAUUGUAAAAAUCCGAUUUUAAUAUUAGGCAUGACAGAUUAACAGAUCAGUAUUUUAUUAAUUCAAAUAUCAAUGAUUUAAGUGCGCAAAAAUGUUGAUAGCCAUACCAAAGGAAUUCAGAAAAUAUUCGAAAAAUUGUCAAAGUUUAAGACGGAUUUUGAGGGAUACAUGCUGUGCUCUAGAUGAUAUUAGUAGUAAUUUGCAAUUAGGAAAAGAAAUCAAGGAGGAUUUGCUAAAUCAAGAUGUAAUUGAUAAGCUGCAUAACAAACUUGAUACGGUACCCACUCUCAUGGUUUUCGGGCAAAACUGUCACGCCAAAGCCUUAUUUGUCAACAAUUUGUUGGAUCAGAUCAUUUUGCCGCUCUUUAGCAACCAGUGGCGUUAUAUAACUUUUAAAUAUGGACACUCAAAAAACAUUCGUUUAACUUGGGGUGAUGAGUACGAAAUUGUGGAGAAGCUAAAAGCGCAUGAAAAGCCCUGGGUCACAAUACCCGAGGAAGACCUGCAGCGGAUUGGUGACGACCUAUGUGCGUCCCUAGAGGUUGAAAUCUGCCACACGUUACUCAAAGAUAACGCCAAUAUUAUGGUCCCACCCGACUGUCAGCCGGACCAAGUCCAUGAAAUUCUAAACAAACACAUGAAAAGUGUUCUGCCUGUGAUAAUAUAUGCUGUGUCCGAGGAUAUUCUCAGUGAUUCUAAUAUUCAAGAAAUUCGUAAGUUCAAAGAGCUCUACAAUCUGCCGUUUUUGUUUGUGAGCGUUUCCAACAUUGGACCUUCGCAAAGCACGGAAUCUCUAACAGAGUCCGAACAGCACCUGUUGGAGUGCAAUGGAGGACAGAAGACUUUGAGUAAAAUGCAGAAUUUGCGCGACCAGCUCGUACGAUUAGGCUAUUUGAAUGACUCAGACAACUUAAAGACUGAAGAACUGAUGAAACGGAAAUCGUACUGUCUGGACUGUUCAUUGUACAAUACUCUGAUCCACGAUACGCAAAUGAAUGAGGAACUAAUAGUAUUCAUUCACGAGGUUUUAAAGUCGAGUCUCUUAAAAAUGGCUGCCUUACUUAGUGAGAUUCAUAGUCAGUGUUUGCGGCGUUUUAUUCUGUCCGCCUUCGACAUGGCCCGCGAAAUCCAGAUAACUCCCAAACGUAUAUUAUAUGCCCAAGAUAUCGAGCUGAAACUUUACAAGAAGCUGAUGAAAAUAGCCGGGGAGCAGCAGGAGGAAAUCACCGGAAUAAUCCAGCGAACGUUGCAGGAAAUGAAGACGAACGUCAGCGACGUCUUGGAAGGAUACAACAAAAACGAUGACCACCAGUCGACGAAAAUGGCGACUCUGGAAAUCCAGCAGUUGGUGUUGCGGAGGCUCCGGAACUCCGUCGCGACGCAAAUUGUCCAGUCGGUCGGUUGUUUGCAGGAGAGCUUCACGGGGACUUUGCAGCGGUGUUUGGAAAGUUUGGAGAAAAACUGCCAUGAUCUCGAAGGAAAUCUCUCAGCGUCGGACGCCGUGAAGCAGAUCUUGAGCGCGGCCUAUAACAUUGAUUUGAAAUCGUCGACGUCGUUUUCCGUUGUUCACACGUUCAUGGAUCGGCUACGAACGCUCUUAUCGAAUUUUAUCCUGCCGUGGUCGUCGUCACAAGUCCAGUGCAACGUCCAGUGGCAACUGCAGGUUGUGACCAACAUUAUCGACUCUUUGAGCGCCUCCAAGCUGGCCAAGACGAUCUCCACGCAAUUCCAGGAGCACGUGAAGUUGUCGCACGAGGCGUUUCAGAGCGCCAUGCGUUCGCUCGAGAAUCAGCUUUCGGGUCAGUUAGAACAGACUGAGGAACAGAGAAUUCUGAUUCGUAAAAGACACGCACCGAGGUUUGCGCGUUUGGCGUUAGAAAGCACCUCUCUGUGCGAUUUGGUAGUUUGGGGUAUGCCUAAACAGAUCAGGGAGAUAGGAAGGGGUCAGUAUGGGGUCGUUUCUUCGUGCGAACCGUGGGCCGGCAUUGACCCUUGUGCUUUUAAAUCGGUUGUUCCGCCAGAUGAUAGGCACUGGAAUGACCUCGCAAUGGAGUUUUACUACACUAGAACCAUAUCGGAGCAUCCCCGAAUUGUGAAACUGCGGGGCUCUGUGAUUGAUUACACGUAUGGGGGCGGGAGCUCCCCUGCUGUCCUCCUGAUCAUGGAGAGGAUGACUCGGGACUUGCACUGUGGCCUUCGUAACGGCCUCUCUUGGGUGGUACGUCUGCGGAUUGCGAUUGAUGUUGUUGAAGGAAUCCGCUAUUUGCACUCCCAAGGUCUCGUCCAUCGAGACAUCAAGUUGAAAAAUGUCCUGCUUGAUGGUGAAGAUCGCGCGAAGUUGACUGAUUUCGGUUUCUGUAUCCCUGAAGCCAUGAUGUCGGGAAGUGUCGUUGGGACUCCCGUGCACAUGGCCCCUGAAUUAUUGUCCGGCCGUUAUGAUUCCAGCGUUGACGUUUAUGCUUUUGGAAUAUUGUUUUGGUACAUAUGUGCAGGGCAAGUGAAGUUGCCGAAUCAUUUUGAUCAGUUUCAAAAUAAGGAACAGCUGUGGAACAGUGUGCGGAAAGGGAUUCGGCCUGAAUGUUUAGCACACUUCAACCAAGCGUGCUGGAAUCUCAUGGAACAGUGUUGGGCCGCGGAACCCGCCGACAGACCGCUGCUUGGAUAUGUACAGCCGCAACUCGAAGCUAUUUAUAAUAGUGCUAAAGCUGAAUCUUCAGGCAAGUUAACCAGUUGUAGUUAUAGCCCUCCAUAUCAGCAAACUAUUACCAAUAUUCAAGAAGAUUACUAUUACAACUACGUUAAUAAUUUUAGAGAGUACUAAAUGUUAUAUCUUUCGUUUGUUACUUUUAUACUUGGUUUUGACUUUCGUUCAUUAUUUCAGAUUCCUACUCAUGAAGAGGAUAUUUGAAAUGAAAUUACUUUUAUCAAAUUAAAACUUACUGUAUA